AUGGACGGGAAGGCGCCGCCGCUCUUCGGCAAGAAGGCGCCCAACCUGAGCUUUGGGCAGUACAUGGCGUCCAAGAUUCGCAAGCUGCGCGGCCAGAACGACGGCAUCGGGCGGCUCGACCGCAUCUUCGACGGCGUCGUGAUCUUUGUCAACGGCCACACCGAGCCGCCACGAGAAGAGCUGCGCCAGCUCAUCUUGCAGCACGGCGGGCAGUACGAAGCGUACCACACGAGCCGCGUCACGCACAUGCUAGCGACGCACGUCGCCGAGUCCAAGCUCAAAGAGCUCUUGCGCGCCCGGAAGCCACUGCCCGUCCUUCACCCGAAGUGGAUCCUCGACAGUAUCGAGAAAGGCCGGGUGUGCCGCACGCAGCCUUACUUCACCUACCACGUUACCAACACCUACCACUUUGCCAGCACCUACCACUUUGCCAGUACCUACCACGUUGUCAGUACCUGCCGCACCGCCAGCACCAUGGUCGUAUGCCCUCGCACCGCCGAAGCCUCCAUCGGCGCCACACCACCCUUGCCGGCGCCGGCACCCUCGGCAUCCAACCCACCGAACGCGAGCGAGCCAGCAUCGCCGACGCGCAUUGCCAGUCCGCCUCAGACACGAAGAAGUCCACCAAAGGGGUCGCGUGCGAUCUCGACCCGCGACGGCAUCGCAGCCUUCGUACGCCACUUCUUUGACAACUCUCGGCUGCACCACAUUGGGUCGUGGAAGAGCUUUUUCCAGUCGCACGCGGCCGAGCUCAUGGCGUCGGCGGCACCGCUCGUCGCAUCGCAGUACGGGCACUGCGAGAGCAACGAGCGCGUGAUCUUGCACGUCGACAUGGACUGCUUCUUCGUGUCGGUCGCGGUGCGCAACCUCCCGCCCGUCUACAAGACGGUGCCAGUCGCCGUGGCGCACUCGGGCUACUCGUCGCACGAUACGCCGCAG